AUGCAAACGCAGGUUACGUACUUCAAAUGUGGUGGAGUGUCACUUGCUGUUGGAGUGGACCACCGCAUUGCAGAUGGAGCAUCUAGUCUACACUUUGUAAAUACAUGGUCUGAUAUCGCUCGUGAUGAUCUCUCAAAUAUUAAACCACCCUUCAUGAACAGAAUGUUACUUCGUGCUCGAGAUCCACCCCAGCCAGCAUUUCCUCACGUUGAAUAUCAACCUUUUCCACAAAUGAAAUUAGCUUUUGAUCAUCUGAAAAGCACAAGUAAUACUACUGCAUCAAUUUUUAGAUUUACGCGGGAGCAGCUUAACAUCUUGAAAGCCAACUCUGCGGAAGAUGACGGCAGGAAUAUUAAUACAAUCAAGUAUAGCACAUUUGAGGUGUUGGCAGGGCAUAUUUGGAGAUGUGCUUGCAAGGCACGUAAACUGCCAGAUGAUCAAGACACCAAAGUGCUCAUUCCCAUUGAUGGACGGUCCAGAUUGCAACCCCGACUCCCACCCGGUUUCUUUGGCAAUGCCAUUUUUAGAGCCACGCAUAUUGCUGCAGCAGGGGAUCUCCAGUCCAAACCAACAUGGUAUGCUGCAAGCUGUGUUCAUAAUGCUUUAGUCCAGAUUGAUGAUGAUUAUCUCAGAUCAGCCGUUGACUAUCUUGAGCUUCAUCGUCCUUGUGUUUCCCCACUUGUUAUGGGGGCCCUCUCGAUCAGGUGCCCGAAUCUUCGGAUAAACAGUUGGGCUAGGCUGCCGAUUCACGACGCUGAUUUUGGUUGGGGUCGACCCAUUUUCAUGGGGCCUGGCACACUAUUUGACGGGAUGGCUUUGUUGUUACCAAGCGCAACUAAUGAUGGGAGUUUAUCGCUGAUGAUUUCUCUGCAUUCUGAACACUUGAAAUCAUUUUCCAAGUUGUUGUAUGACAUAUGA